AUGGUUGAUCGGUUCCAGGGAACAUGGAAAUCCAUUCCUUGUGAAAAUUUUGAAGAAUAUAUGAAAGAACUGGAAUGUAAGGGAAGAAAUAAAGAUCUGGAAGAAUCCUUUAAACUGGGAGAAGAGUUUGAGGAAACCACACCAGGUGGCCAUAAAACUAAGAGUACGGUAACCUUAGAUGAUGACUCUUUGAUUCAGGUUCAGGACUGGGUUGGGAAAGAGACCACCAUCAGGAGGGAGCUAGUAGAUGAGAAAAUAGUGGGGGAAAGUGCUGUGAACAAUGUUGUCUGCACUUGA